CAUGUUUUUGUUAAUGAUGAGUUAUUUGUAUGAUAACCCAAGCAUUAAAAACACAGCUCGAAUAAAACGUUUGCAUUCCGUAUAAUGUAAUACUCUAAUGAGACCAUAACACAAGCAGUAGUCCUAAGCACGUGGCUAUCAAAAUCAUUUGGAGUUUGAAUGAAAUAGAACAAAAGGGGAACAACUCUGUCGAUCUAGGCGUGAAAAGAACCUUUUUUUAAAGGCCCCCGAUCUGGGAAAAGCCACUAAUAUUUUUGUUUGUCUGUCCGUCCGAUCUGUCUGUCACAUGUAGAUCUAAAAAAAAGUUAUUUAAAACUAAAUUUGGCGGCAAAAUAAAUUAUGUGUUUUUCCAAUUGGCAAGAGACUCAGGAAACUAGUCACAAGGUAUACGUUCAUGGAAUUUCAAGUGACAUAUUCUUGAUACGUAUCAAUCAUUAAGCAAUAUUUAUUUGACAAAAGAUCUCUUUAAAGGCGAGUUUGUCUACUAGGGCAAGAGCACUUGGAAAUCUCAAACGAAAAUACUGAAUUAAAAAAUGGUUGAAUUCUUAUAUAACAUAUAAUAACUUUUUUAAUGCAGUAGAACCAUUCAUUUUCUAGUGGCAUAAACAAAUGUAUAGAAAUGGAAUGCAAACGUUCUUCGAACCAUUCACUCUGUAGCUCGACUUAUGCACUCAGCACUGGCAGAGGCCUGAUCGGUUCCAACGAAUGUUUUAUUAAAUACUUUAAAGUAGAAUAGGGAAAGACGAUGCGGUGUAAACUGAAACACACGUGCCUCAGUACAGUGGUUCUCAAAAAGAGAGACCCCAUGAUCUACCCAGACUCACUAAAUCAAUGACAAUGUCCAAUAUUUAGCAUUCACAUUUUUGUUGGCUGUGUUAGCGACAUUCACUUAGACUUCAAGCUUGGGUUUCUUGAUUUAAUAUGACCGCUGAGAUGUAUAGAAGGUCCAUUGUGUUUAUAUUUAGAAACCUUGUUCGUUGGCUCUGGAAAGCAGUGAACCGUGCCCAGGGCAGGGCAUGCCAAUACAAAGUGUCUCUAACAAUGCAAAACGUUUGAUACAGGGCCUUUCAUUGUUAUUAAAUAGAAGACAGCAGUGAGAACUAGAACAAGUCCCAGGUCAGAUGAUAGCCGGGGUCAUUUCAUAGGACAUAUUUAGGAACGCAAUGAGACCAAAUAUCCACUUUUGUCUUCGUGUGGCACACACAUUCACACAUUCACGCUUGAUUGAUACAAACACAGAGGCGGACUCGACUGCUAGAGGAAAAUUCCCCGGUACUCAGUGGCGUAGAAACUAUCACGCAAAAAAAGGACUAUUGCGACCGGUUUCGUUAUUAAUACUUGCCGACUGGUCGUGUGGUAUGCGCUCUGGACAGUUGUUCGGUGGUCUCGAUGGUUCCCAGUUUGAACCCUCUCCGCUGCCCUCCCCGCAAUGGCGUGUCGCUGUUAAGUCUAAUUGUAAGACGUUGUUACUAGAUUGAAUUCUAAGGACAUGUACAAUGUGGUAUAUUGGUCAUACACUGAAAUAUCUUUAAAAUCCGUCUUCUGUAGAGUACAAAUCUUGUACACGUUUUGUUUCUCAAAUUUACCAUUCUCAGAUCAAGUUGAAGCUUUACACAAUUAUUCAUAACCGAUGACAAUACAUGAAUCAAUAAAAAUCAAUAAAAAAAAGCAACAACACCAAAUAGUUAAUCAAUUAGUGGUAAUUAAUUAACUUUGUUUUAUCUACGAAAAGGGAGUUAAACCUGGCAGUAUUGAGAGAUAUGACAUUGAUUUAGCUGAUAAGCUUUUUUAAAAAUUAUUUUUGUGUGUGCAAAAGUACUCAAAAUGAAUGACUCUAUUUGUUUUGAUCUCACAUUCAACCCUCUGUUUUCUUAGAAGAGAAGCACCGAAACCCCAACAUAUUCUUUAACCCAGCACGCAACUUAUGGUACCCCUUCAGCCCCAGAUCGUCUGUCAAUCAUAGUAUAUAUGUGAUAACAAAUGGUUUAUUCUUUAUUUUGUCCAUGAAAUUAUAAUUACAACGUCAUUGAUUACAGAGUAAUUGGAGAACUCAUGCAAAGCUCUAGUUCAGAUGUCCAACACUUUAAUGUCGACAUUUUCUGACAUGUUCUGAAUAGCCUUGUUUUUUUUUUUGUAUUGACAAUAACAAGAUAAACUUGUAGUUAUUCUAAAACAUUUUUACAACAACAGUACCAUUAGUUAAUAAACGUAUUGGCUAAGUUUUUAAAUUGAUUCUUGUGUUGUCAGGUAAAAGAAAGAAUUGUGCUAAAUUUCAGCUUGAUCCGAGAUUUGGGUGUCGGAGAAAUAACGUGUACAAACUUUUAACAGACAGACAGAGUGAGUUGAUAUAAGCUUUGUAAACAUGAAAUACUGUUCGUAUUCUAUAUAUAUUUUAAAAAAUCGAAUUCUGGGACAUUGCUAUAUCUUUUAUGUUUAUUCUAUAGGGAGGUAAAAUAAAGCAAGAAAGUUUGUAUUUCUGUUGUAUUUGAUUUGUGCACUUUAAUUCAGACAUGCGAGGUGGAGUAGUUCAACGUUUAUGAAUGAAAAGCCUUUAAUGACGUCGUCUAGGUAAAUAUUUGGAAUGUAAUGCUCAUCAUCUUACCUGGUUACCAACGGGAGUCGAGUAAACAGAGGGUAUGCGGGGUAUGUGGGGUAUGUGUGGUUUAAACAAACGGUGAAAACUGAACAUCUGAAUAAGGAAAACCUUUUUACAUAAACCUCUAGUCCAGAUAGUCAGACGUAUUGAGAACAAUGAAAGCAGCACCAUAACAAAGAGUUUACGCUUUCAAAAGAACUCGGCGGCUCCUGUGAGUCUGAUGUUUGGUAAACAAAGCAGGUGAAAGUACGCCUUUUACAAGUAGUUGGUAAUAGACUACGAGACAAAGGAAAUCUUGUGGCAUUUAAAGGAGUGUUUAUAGACACACAUUACGGUAUCAGAGGGAGGUAACUCAAUUUAAUGAAAAUUUACUAGAUUCUUCAAAGUUGUCGAACCUGAAUGUUUUCUACGUGAAUUGGGGAAAAGAUAGAGCCAAUAAUGUUGUUAAAGAAAAUAAGCUACAAGUAUUAUAAAUUGUAUCCAAGGCAGGUUAUGAUAUUUAUAAAUGCUACAUCUAAUUUGAUCAUCAGGUGAUAAGGAUGACAAUUAAUUAUAUACUAAAUAUAACUACUGUCUAUGCUCUGGUGUAAGAUGGUUGACAUUUGAUGAAAUUAUAAAUAAUAUUAAAAAUAAUUUUGUGGUCGUUUUAAAAUACAUAUCUUUUUGAAAUGGCUUUUGGAAAACGAGGCUCAGGGAACACAAAAUCUAAUCUCGCCCCACCCCCUCACUGGAUGAAACAAAUGGAAGAAAAAUACCAACGGCUCCACGCUAAAAUUCAUAACCAGGCAAUGCGAUUUUCCAGCAGACGACACCCGAGUACCGUGACGAGAACUGCUAUCACGGAUCAUUGCUUCGAAGAUCCAAGUGUCAGUGCCAGGAGGGGUGCCCAAAACAAAGGCCCCAUACAUACCGAAUACACAAAAAUCAGCCCAGCUGUCAGAACGGGUGAGAUUUUGACAAUAGCGCCAAUCGAAACGGCAUGUGACGACGAUUUAGUUUGCGCCAGUAGCGGGAGUACCCUCAGCACAGGUGGGGCAGAGGACGUGUGCCACUUAGACAAUAAUAUCAACACAGCCGAGUGUUUGGCAGCCGGUGGUGUGGUGGAGUCGCCGUGUGCCGAACAAGACUACACAUGUGUUGAACAGGAACUAGAUUUAAACGUGUCCACUCUCGAGACAGGCCGAGACUCGAUAGCCGAUUUCUCAUAUCCUGGAUUUCACUUCACUACACCGGUCAGUUCAGAUAAUCCCUUUGUCCGAACUGUUUCCGGUGAUUGUGACGUGUCUCAAUACUGUGUUGACCAAGGUAAUAGCACUUCAUUUUUUCAUACAGAGAACAAUAAUAACAACGUAAAUGCUAAAAGUAAUAGUAUAAUUCAUGGUAGAUUUGACGAUCAAGGUGAAAACAUGGAGAUCAGUCGUGCGAGAAGGCGGCGACGUGACCUACGGGCUGUGAAAACACCCGGAAGUCGCCUCAGCCAUAAGACAAGCCAAUCCUGCCCGGCCACGUUUUUCGUCAACAAUGGACAUGACGUCAUGGGCUACGAUCUGAGAAACAACGUCCAGGGCUUGGAUAGCGGCCCUUUCAGCAGCAGGCACCAGCCCAGGGUGUUUGCCCGCAUGUCCAUUGAGGCUCGCCACGCUGUUGACGAGCUGAGGGCAGAAGAUAUGCUGCAGAGUUCAAGGACAUUUGAGUACGACACGAAUACAUCACCCCAUCUACCAAACGUAACACACGGCACUUCAAAUGACACAUCCAGAUACCAUAACGAAACACACGAACUAUCGAACAGGAUUAGGGAAGAAAGUCUAAUCACAUCGGAACAAUCUGUGGUUCCUGACCUAGUUCUCCGUAACGCAGAUGCCACAUUAACGAGCCGCACUGACUACGCGGCGGACAGCACUGCGAACAAGAACUCGUUAAUAAUGCCUUGCAGUUCACUCGGUGGGGACAUUAGCCAGAGGAUGAACCGCAUUGGCAGCAAGAGGGUUAACAGGAUGUUGCCACAGCUAGAGCACGGUGUCCCUCCUCGUGAAGACUUCCCUAAAACUCAUCUUCCUCUUCCAGACAUUGGACAUGCACGUGAGCCAAUGUCCAUUAGGGAGAACACAUUUGAAAUCACCCCCGUGGAUUUUGACAUUCGGUUCCAUCAGAUUAUCCCCUACAACCCCGGGGACUCCCCGCCCCCUGAUAUACGACAACAGGCUAUAGAGAAAUGUCAGCACUGGCUUAUAAGACACACACCAAGACAUUAAUGAUGUUUGCAUAACGUAACCUAUGUGCCAUUGUUAGAUAUACUAUGAAAAGGGAAUAUACAAAUGUUAAAAUGUGUAGCUUUAUUUCACCGUUUAAAAUGUAUAUAUAUAUAUAUAUAUAUAUAUAUAUAUAUAUAUAUAUAUAUAACGUUGAAAAUCAAAACAGAGAAUGAAAAAGUCAAAAAUGAACUUGGUGACAUUUCAUGUAUUAAUAGACUCAUUGACUUAGUUUGGGUAAGACUAUUUAAUCAAUGUUACCAAUAAGUUAUUGUACUUUGACUUUCAUUGUCAACGAAUAUGUUAAAUGUACUUUAUAUAGUUGUAUUAAUUACACCACUAGUCAUAAUUUAUUUGAUCACAAAGACAUUUUGCCACUUGAGAAGCAGAGGAUCUUGGAUGCCACUACUUUAUCACACUUACUAAAGACAAAUAGUAUGUAACUUUUAAAGCCCGAUGAAUUCGUGUACGAAAUGAGCUUAGGGACGUUCCUAAAUCUUGAGGCUUGAUCUCGGGGUGAUCAGUUCGGCCGCCAGGAGCUAAAACACUCCGCUCAGAAGGCGUCUAAUAACCAUUAACAGGCUAAUAAACUUUCAUACUUCUUGACUAGUUCGUUGUCUCCUGAAUAGGUUCCAUUCAACCUCAAGGUUAGAAAGAAAGACAAAGACAACAGAAAACCAUUGUUCUCAAUAACAGAGCCAGCUACAGCUAGAGGUUUAAAAGUAAACUCAUUUAGACGGCUUCAAACUGUAAUGUCUAUUUAAAUGAUCAAGGAAUUCAGCCGUGCUUUGGUGUCUGUUGUCAUUUGAACGCGUCUAAAUAGACGUGCCACUUAAAGUAUUAUAACUCUUAAACAGUGUAAUUAAUUUUUUAAAAAAUUUCUUAGAAAAGAUGGCCUCCGUUAAAUUCAUAGGGCCUAUAUUUAACACUUUUGGCAUUGUGAUCGUGAUAGCUGUACUGAUCAUCCCCCCCCCCUUCACAGUCUCAUGUAUUGUGUCAUUUGAUUCUUAUUAGCCUACUGUCAUUGUAAGACAUUUCUUGCCUGGGCAGCAAGGAACCAAAUAAUGUAUCUACCUGCCAUUCAAUACUUUGCCUAAUGUAUACGUGAAAGAGGUCUACACUUUGACACAAUUGACCACUUCUCUUAAACAAUGUUUGAAUGCUAACGUAGUAGCCAUCACCCACACCCCCUCAGUGUCCAUCACAAACCAAAACUUGGUCUUAACUUGUGGCACUAAUGUCCCAGAAACCUCUGUGGUCACGUGGCUCAGUAUUAUAAUCACUUGUGUACAUGCGCGUUCAAUAAACAUCGACAUAUUUGAUUUAUUGUAUUGCUGGUGUAAGCCUUUUUUUUUUAAACCUGUAAUUAACGUUAUCGCGGGUGUGUUAUCAGAAGCAAUGUGUGGUCUGGUGUGACAUGCUGCUGAACCAGGAACUGAUAGCUACAAUUAACGGAGUCAGUGAAACUUGGUUUUAAUCCCAAUGUAAACACUGAGACAAAUUAAACUUCGGUUUCUGACAUUUCUAAUGAUGUUUUAUUAGCAAGAGUUGCUUAUUUUUAUAUUUAGAUCUUUAUAAAUCUAUUGUAAUCAUUAGGGAUUUUUUUUUUUACAAAUAAAUUUAAUCUUUAUUACGAAGUGUAUGUGCAGGUUUAUGAUGUAACCAUAAGGAAAGAAAGGCGAAUGUUUUGGUUGUAUAGGCUGGAGAGUGAAAGGGGAGACUAUCUAGAGGCGUGUUUCUAGUGACUUAUGUCUUGUUUAAAUAAGCAUUUUGUUUAUGUUUCUACAUACAUUUACUUUGAAGUUGAAGCUACGUAUAUUUAUUAAUAAAAGUUAUAUUUAAUUGUUUUAAAAGACGUCUGCAUACUUUCAUUUUACUAUUUUCAUCAAUAUAUUAAUAGGCCUACAUUAUUUAAAAUUGUACUAACUGUUUGGGGUUACAAAACAACGACCGAGUAUUAACAA